GCCCCGACCCGCGACAUGUAAUAAAUUACCCGACUUGUACCCGACCUGCCACGGGGCGGGUCUGGGUACCAAUAAACCCACCCCGGACCUGCCCCAUUGCCAUUCCUGUUAGUGGGUUUCCAACGUGACUAAUCUUUUUUUUUUUUGGGUUGCGAACAAAUUGUAUUGAAGUUGUAACGGUGGUUAAGAUUCAUAUAAAUGGCUCUCGUAUUAUAGGAAUUAGUUGGUUUUUAGCAAUGAUAUUAGAGUUGGUUUGAUUGUGAGGUCAUGUGUUCAAAGUCCUCGUGACCGUCAAUAAUAACAUUUGUCUUGAAGCACAUGGUAUGACGAGCUUGUGCAAGCUUCAAGACACAUGAGCCACCGGCUCCCGUUUGACGGGACAUUGUAUGAAAGUGGAUAAUAUCCAUACACAGGCCUCUCUCAACGACUCGAGUUAUCGAGACCACUUGAUUUGAUGAUAUUCUCGAAAUCACAUAAUUACACACGACAAAUUACUUAAAUCAAAUCAAGUUAAAACACAACAACGAAUAGUUACGAUGACUAAUUCAGAGUUACUACUAUGAAAGAUUACAAAUGUAAAAAUAAUCUGAUCAGCUGGUUGUCCCUUCCACGUCCACCCGAAAUUUAUGGACGUCAAUUAGGGUUCAUUGAAAAUCAAGGACCCCAGGAGUCAAACCAUACCGCCAAGCUCUUGGUGUAAUAUUACGAUACGUUUGGAGAGUCUGGGGCGAUUUCUAGAGUUGUCAAUCGAGUUGUUCAUAGAAUGACACGUAAAUCCCUUUCUCUGUAUAUGUUAGAGCUGGAAUCGGUUGAUUUUUACGCCUAACUACCCAUUGUACGUAGUUGGGUUGUUUGGGUUCUUGCAAGGGUGGAGUGUUUCUUUUUUCUUUUUUCGAGAUUUCUCGAUUAAAAAAACAGUAUACCACUUAGUACUGUAAAAAGAAAUAUAAUUUCGAAAAUAUGAAUGUUACAUCUACCAUAUACAUCUGUUCAGCCUGCUCAAGUCACCUUGGUUCCCCCUGCUGUUCUUCCACUCCCCCUGAAAAACUUCCUUUUCUCCUACUCCUCAGCUGCACCAUUGUAUCCCAAACAGAAAGAAAAAGAUAGUUGUGAGUACUGAAAUGCCAACAAAGAUUGAGAUCAGGUACUGAUAUGUACUUAACCUUAUGUUUAUUGGUCAAUCCAGGAAUAUGGUAGGGAUCAGGGAAAUAGAACUGGCGGUAGCUGGUUGAACUAUUCAAUUCAACCAUACUGUGAAAACAAGUUGGCAUUGGAUUGGAAGGAUCCAACCAUACACGUUUACGUUUAAAUAAUGUAGAGAUGCAGUUUUUCUAGGCUGAUCAGCAUAUGACGAACAACAAGAAGAUGAAGAUUAGUUUAAUAAUCGUAUGGUUUUGACAUUUGACCACCACAAUUGCAGCAGAAGAGAAGACUAGUCUUUCCUUACCUGGUAAUAGUACAGUAGCAUUGUUCCAAAUGGUAUACAUACCGGCCCCACGCUCUGUCUCUGGAAUUUCACCUGCUCGAGAAUACUCCGAUUCAUAACGAGUUAGACGAAAAUACGAACAGAUGUUAUUACGUUGUUGCGAUUCGACGAUCUAAAUCUGUUUGAAUGCAAGUCACAUAACCCGCCAGUAGCAAGCUAGCAAAGUCCAAUUCUCAGCCAAGUUGGCUGAAGAGACUGCUACAGCUUUCCCCUUCCAUGUCAUCAUUGCUCAAUAAAUGAGAAAAUGAGAGAUUUGGUGAGUCUCGUGCCCUUCUCAUUUACUAUAUUGGUUGGGUGGAUUAUUGCUCUUGUUUAUCAUUUUUGUAUUUUAUAUUUUAUUCUAGUUCAACACAAUGACAAUGAGAGAUGAAUUUAAAAAACGAAGAAAUGAUUAUUGAGGUUGGCUGGUUCAAACUAACCUUUCCUUUGACAUGGUAAUACAAGCCUUGCCAAGGCGCCAUUGCUGAUCAUCUCAGCUUUCUUCUUCUUCAGACUUUCUCUCCUGGGGGCGUGUCAACCAAAGUUCCUCGCUAGUUUUCUCAGUCGUCUCCUUCCGAAGAAGAAGAAGACGAUGAUAGGCCCUCUUUGAUCAAGCCUCAAUCUUUCUCAAACCAUUUCAAGCUAUAAUCUGCAACAAUCCUUCCCACCUGCAAGUUUCACCAUAUGGGCACUUCUGCUACAACCACAGCCGGCCUCAGAAUUUCGGUGCUUCUGCUGCUUGCUUUCUUCACCGCCCGGAUUUCCAUCACUCAGGCGGCCACCAACGGCGGCGACUUGAGUGUUCUGAACUCGCUCAAGGACGUCUGGGCGAAUACUCCUCCCAAUUGGGUUGGUGGUGACCCUUGUGGAGACAACUGGGACGGCAUUAGCUGUAGUGGUAUUCGUGUGACCUCCAUAACAUUGUCAAGCACUGGAUUGUCAGGUCAACUGUCUGGAGACAUAGCUUCCUUAUCUGAAUUGCAGAUCCUGGAUCUUUCAUACAACAAAGGGUUGAGAGGGAAUCUGCCACAAUCCAUUGGGAACCUGAAGAAGCUAACCAACUUGAUCUUGGUUGGUUGUAGCUUCUCUGGUCCUAUCCCAGACUCCGUAGGAUCACUUACCCGGCUCACAUACUUAUCUUUGAACUCGAAUGGCUUCACCGGAACAAUUCCUCCUUCAAUUGGCAACCUUAUUAACCUGUACUGGCUUGAUCUGGCUGACAACCAGCUCGAAGGCAGCGUCCCAAUCUCAGAUGGGGACACACCUGGCCUUGAUCUCUUAGUCAACACUAAGCACUUUCAUUUCGGAAAGAACCAGCUCACAGGCUCCAUCCCUACUAAACUUUUCAACUCCAGCAUGACUCUCCUGCACGUCCUAUUUGACAGUAACAAGCUCACUGGCAACAUUCCCCCAACUCUUGGACAAGUGAACUCAUUGGAGGUCUUACGGUUGGAUAGGAACUCGUUAAGUGGAACUGUCCCAGGCAGCUUCAACAAUCUCGGAAGUCUUACUGAACUGAGUUUAUCCAACAAUGAUCUGAAUGGUCCUUUUCCAAACAUCACUGGCAUGGCAGUCCUUAGCUCUAUGGACAUGAGCAACAACAGCUUCGAUUCCUCUAGUUUUCCUUCAUGGAUAUCAUCCAUGGGCUCCUUGACUACACUAAUGCUGGAGAACACACAACUCCAAGGACCAGUUCCUGCUGGUCUCUUCAGCCUUCCCAAUCUACAAACCGUAAACUUGGCGCGGAACGAUUUGAAUGGCAGUCUGGACAUCGGACCGAGUCACAGCAGCCAACUUCAAUUAAUCGACAUGCAAUCCAACUUCAUCUCCGACUAUAGACAGAGACCAGGCGCCAAUGACGUUGACAUAAUAUUGCUGAGGAACCCAGUUUGCGAUGAAACUCCAAAUGGACCAAGGCAGAGCUACUGCAUCCCGCCGGACCGAAACUCCAAAUACACGACUCCUUCAAACAGCUGCGUGCCAGGCCGUUGUUCAUCCAACAAAACCGCCAGCCCCAAUUGCGCAUGCGCAUUCGCAUACACGGGACUUCUUGUAUUCAGGGCGCCUUCCUUCUCCGACUUGGGCAACGCCACCAUCUUCACUGAUCUCCAGAGGUCCCUAAUGGACAGUUUCAGGUCCACCCAACUCCCCGUCGACGCCGUUCAGCUCAGCAACCCUAGAAAGGAUUCGUCCGAGUACCUCGACAUUGACCUCAAGGUGUUCCCCUACGGCCAGGAUUUCUUCAAUCGGAGUGGGGUUUCCCGGAUUGCGUUUUCCCUGAGUAACCAGACGUUCAAGCCGCCGUCGAUGUUUGGACCCUUUUUCUUCCUCGGCGAUGAGUAUACACAUUUCGACGGAGGAGGGUCUGGAUCGAAGAAAUCAGCGAGCACUGGGAUUAUAAUUGGAGCUGCAGUUGGCGGGAUUGUGCUAGUUCUUCUAGUGAUCCUGGCUGGAGUUUAUGCAUAUAGGCAGAAGAAGAGAGCACAGAAAGCAACCGAACAGAGCCACCCUUUUGCUCACUGGGACGCAACUGAGAACACAGGCGGGUUCCCGCAGCUGAAGGGAGCGAGAUGCUUCUCCUUCGACGAGCUCAAGAAAUACACCAACAACUUCUCAGACGCCAAUGCCAUUGGCUCUGGAGGGUACGGGAAGGUGUACAGAGGUGUGCUACCCACAGGUCAUCUGCUGGCCAUAAAGCGGGCGCAGAGGGAAUCGAUGCAGGGAGGGCAUGAGUUCAAGACGGAGAUCGAGCUGCUGUCGAGAGUUCAUCACAAGAACGUGGUGAGCCUUGUUGGGUUUUGCUUCGAGCAAGGCGAGCAAAUGCUCAUCUACGAGUAUGUCCCUAAUGGCACUCUCGGUGACGCUCUCUCAGGCAAAUCAGGGAUCUCAAUGGAAUGGACUCGACGGCUGAAAGUGGCACUCGGUGCAGCUAGAGGUUUAGCCUAUCUCCAUGAGCUCGCCGAUCCACCCAUCAUUCACAGAGACAUCAAAUCCGCCAACAUUCUACUCGACGAGCGCUUGACUGCUAAAGUUGCAGACUUUGGCCUCUCCAAGCUAAUGGGUGACAGUGAAAAAGGCCACGUUACCACUCAAGUCAAAGGAACCAUGGGCUAUCUCGAUCCUGAGUACUACAUGACACAGCAGCUAACAGAAAAGAGCGAUGUGUACAGCUUCGGGGUCGUACUGCUCGAGCUAGCGACUGCAAAGCGGCCCAUCGAAAGGGGGAAGUACAUUGUGAGGGAGGUGAAAAUGGCGAUGGACAAGACGAAGAGCCUGUACAACUUGCAGACAGUGAUCGACCCGGCUAUCUGCAACGAGUCGUUGAAAGGCCUCGAUAAGUUCGUCGAUUUGGCCAUGUCGUGCGUGCACGAAACUGGAGCAGAUCGGCCUUCGAUGGGCGACGUGGUGAAGGAGAUCGAGCUCAUACUGCAGCAAGCCGGAUUGAACCCGAAUGCAGACUCUGUCAGUACCUCGGCGACAUACGAGGAGGCAGAGAAAGGAAGCCCUCGCCAUCCUUAUAGCAAAGAGUCGUUUGAGUACAGCGGGGGUUUCCCGCCUUCCAAGGUAGAGCCCCAGUAAGAAUUAACUGUUCUACUGUUAUGCUUUGUUUAACAUGGAAAUGGGUAGAGUGGAUGAUUCAUUUAUGUGUAGUAAGCUAUAAUGUUCUUUUCUUUGUGCUCUAGCUGUGCUGUUCUUGACUAGCACCAAAGUCCCAAAACUGUAAUUGAGAGCCUUUGAGCAACUAGAAGAUUGUUCCUCCUUUUUUUGUUAACUUUUGUAGAUAUCAUAGUGAGGAGGAGUGUGGGUUUCGUGAUUUGAUUAAUGGGAUUUCGAGUUAAUAAACAGAGAUUUGGAUUCUACUCAGAUCAGUAUUGUUACUUAUAUACGCUUUUGGGUUCAUUUCUAUGUGUUAAAUCUAUUAUUUCCCAAUUUCGACAUAACUUGCUCGAAACUCUCGAGUAAAGAAUCAUUGUUAACGGCGACAACCUCAAAUAGUUACGAAAGUAGCAAGUUGGAUGUGUACGACCUUAGCUUCUUGUUUAUGGUUCGAGCUAAGUGGUAUUUUCAAAAAAAAUAUAUAUAUAACAAACUUGUCAAAAAAAAUACUGAGCAUAAUUUUUAAUAGAAAAUGGAGGUAUUUUUUCGAUCGAAAAACAUGUAUUGUAAGUCGUAUGUAGUCUAACAACUUUGGUUGAGGACUUAAAUAGAUUGAUUUGUUCAAAAGCAACCUUAGACCGAUGAUACGUCCUAAUUAAACUUCACUAACAACUCCAAUGGCCUCUAGAUUCUAAUCAUGCAUCUAGAGAACAUUGCAUGAUUUUUUGUGUGGUGGAAUGAAUGAACAAAGCAAGAAAGGAAUCCAUGCUAAUAUCCCAUGGUCCUAUACGCAUUUAGUACCUUAAUUAUAAAUAAAUCAAAGAAUCAGAAUCACGAACAGAUUCAAGAAGACAUAUCAUUUUCUUCGUAUAAAUAUCAUCUAUCGUCCAACCAACCGAUAUAGUUAGGCCACAAAGCAAGAGAGAAGUUGAUCAUCAUGAUGAAGGAGGCUAGGCAACCCACAUCCUUAUACCUCCAACAACUCUUCUUCUUCUUCUUCUUCUUCUUCUUCUUCUUCAAUGUCACACCAUUUCUUCUUCAGCCAGCCAACUGUUGGGUUCCUAUUGUGGAUGUAGAAGUGGGAGUGAUCAUGGAAAUGGGAACUUCAGAAGGGAAGAUGCUCCAAACCACCAUUUUCCAUGGUUGUUUCUGAUUUCUAUGCCUUCCACUCUCACUUCAAAACUAGAUUGCUUCUUCAUUUUAAAGAUUCUAGUAGAGGUCCUUUCCACAUUCUUUCAUCGGGUACGUCACCGUUCUUCUCUAUUUGCUCAAUGUUAAAUUAUGCACGAAAUUUAUGAUUCACAACAUAAUUUUUUUUGAAAGAUUCAUCAACAUUUUAUAUUGAUAAAUAUGACAGAUAGUGAGAAGUACAUGCGAUCGUUAUCAUAAAUUUAUUGAUAUAGACAUUUAUAGUAGCAAUCAUACAAAAUAUUAAAUUGUUGUUCCUCUUGGAUAAUCGUAUAGAAUCGAGGUAGAGUAAGUCAACAUUAUGCUACAUUUGAAUCGAGAAUAAAUUAAAUUGGAUUCCGUUGACACUCCAAUCUCAUCAAUUUAAAAGAAACUAGAAUUGUGGCCCGCGCUCCGCUGCGGAACGCCUAAUUUGUUGGGAAUAUGGUAUAUGUUCUUUUUGAAAACUUAUUGUUGUAUUUGUUACCGUCAGUUUAUUACGUUCUUUGACACAUUUUUUAUUAUGUUAAUAAUUUUGGUGAUUACCA